AUGGCAAAAGCAGAAGACAAUAAAUCUGUGAAAAGUGAAAUCACAGUGAAAUUUAUAGGAGAUCGAUUCAUACCCACUGAUACUGAAAGUAAAGCCUCUUUACAAGAAUUAAAAGCACCAGAAAUAAUUUGGCAAAUUAAUAAAAGGCUAGUAACUUCAGAUGACAAGGAAUUAGUUAAUUACUACUAUGAAAAUGAUUAUAUGUGGAGUAAUAAAGAAUCCAUGAGUAACUUUACCUGGAACACUUUUAAUUUUAUUGAUGAUUCCUCUAUAGAGCAAUGGGAAAGUGAAAGUGUUAGUAAAAAUCUCUUACUAGACAUUACUGAUGAAGAAGAAGAAAACACAAUACCAUUUCCAACAGAUCUAAAUGAUUUACCUUGGUGGUUAGACUUAUUAGAAAAACUAUCUGAACAUUAUUGUAGAGAAUUUAACAACUUCUCUAACACUUAUUUUUGUAACUCUAUUUGGUAG